CCGCCACUGCUGGCUGCUUCCAUCCUUCUGCCCCAAAAUGUUGGUUCACUUAUUUCGGGUCGGGACUCGGGGCUGCCCUAUUCGGGGAGCGCUGCUGCUGCCGCUCCGGUCCCGGACGUUUACAGCCGUCAGGCAUUUGGAUGGCCGCACUGGCUCCUUCAUUCUCCGGGCCCUGGCCCGGCUCCGGCUGUGCCUACCCAGAAGACCCCCAGCUCCCCGCCAAGGAUCCUUUCUCUGGGUUGGGGGGCUACUCUUGGGUCCGAUGAUAUUAAGCAAGGGCUGCCGCCUCUACCUUCUGGGGCGGUGUGAGGUAGAGGAGCUGACCCUUGUUGAGUGCACACCCCAACCAGAGGAACCCUGCUUCAAUUGGGCCCUCUUUUGGCACUUUCUUCGGCCCCACCUGUUGGCCCUGUGUGCAGCCAUUGUGCUAGCACUGGGAUCAGCCUUGGUGAAUGUGCAUAUUCCCCUGCUCCUGGGCCAACUUGUGGAGAUUGUGGGAAAAUACACCCGGGAUCAUUUCGGGAACUUCAUGGUUGAGACCCGAGGCCUUGGUGUUCAUCUGCUCACUCUCUACUGCAUCCAGGGGCUGCUGACCUUUGGGUACCUGGUACUGUUGUCAGAGCUUGGGGAACGAAUGGCUAGAGAUAUUCGGAAAGAACUGUUUGGUUGCCUGCUUCGACAGGACAUUGCCUUCUUUGACAACAAAAAGACAGGACAACUGGUGACACGACUAACAUCAGAUGUGCAGGAAUUCAAGUCAUCCUUCAAACUUGUCAUCUCCCAGGGUCUCCGAAGCUGUACCCAGCUGGCAGGCUGCCUGGUAUCCCUGACCCUGUUGUCCCCACGCCUCACAAUUAUAUUGUUGCUGGUCACCCCUACACUGGUUGGGGCUGGCACCCUGCUGGGCUCUAUUCUCCGAACGCUCUCUCGAAAGUCCCAGGAGCAGAUUGCCAAGGCAACAAGUGUGGCAGAUGAGGCCCUGGGCAAUGUGCGGACUGUGAGAGCCUUUGCCAUGGAGCAACAGGAACAAGAGCAUUAUGGAGCAGAGCUGGAGGAGUCGUGCCGACUGGCAGAGAAACUGGGCAGAGGCAUUGCUAUCUUCCAGGGGCUCUCCAGCAUUGCACUCAACUGCAUGGUUCUGGGCACUCUGUUCAUAGGAGGUACUCUGGUGGCAGGAGACAAGCUGUCAGGUGGGGAUCUCAUGUCUUUCCUGGUGGCCUCACAGACUGUGCAGAGGUCCAUGGCCAAUCUCUCUGUUCUGUUUGGUCAGGUGGUUCGAGGGUUUAGCUCUGGGGCCCGGGUCUUUGAGUAUAUGACUCUGAUCCCAGAAAUUCCACUGCAUGGGGGCUGCUACAUUCCACAGACUGAACUCCGAGGUGCUAUCACUUUUGAGAAUGUCUCCUUCAGUUAUCCCUGCCGGCCAGAUUUUGUUGUGCUCAAGAACUUCAACCUGAAGCUGCCUCCUGGCCAGAUGGUGGCCCUUGUGGGACAGUCCGGGGGAGGAAAGUCUACGGUGGCAUCCCUGCUCGAACGGUUCUAUGACCCCACAGAAGGAACAGUGACUUUGGAUGAGCAGGACCUUCGAACCCUAGAUCCAUCUUGGCUCCGGGGUCAAGUCAUUGGCUUCAUAAGCCAGGAACCCAUCCUAUUUGCUACAACCAUCAUGGAGAACAUCCGCCUAGGGAAGCUGGAUGCCACUGAUGAAGAAGUCUACAAGGCUGCCAAGGAAGCUAAUGCCCAUAAUUUCAUUUGCAGCUUCCCCGACGGCUAUAACACUGUUGUGGGUGAGCGAGGCACAACCCUCUCGGGGGGCCAGAAGCAGCGUGUGGCCAUUGCCCGGGCUCUUAUCAAACAGCCCAAGGUGUUGAUCCUGGAUGAGGCCACAAGUGCACUGGAUGGAGAGUCUGAGCGGGUUGUACAGGAGGCCCUGGACCGGGCCAGUACUGGCCGAACGGUGCUAGUCAUUGCCCACCGCCUCAGCACAGUCCGGGCUGCCCAUAAGAUUGUUGUGAUGGCCCAAGGCUGCGUCAAGGAGGUUGGAACCCACAUGGAACUCAUGAGAAAAGGUGGACUGUACACAGAGCUCAUCAAGAGUCAGGCCUUCUUGCCUCCACUAUUACUAAACCCAGAUUCUUCAUCAUCGCAAUGGUUUGAUCCUCGAAAAACUCAAGGCCACAAUAACCAUCGCUUCAGGCCCUGAAAAUUGGCCUUGUGGUGUCUGGCCAGCCCAGGGCCUGAACACCCCCAUGGUCCCAGAACUCAGAGCAGAGUUCAGAGCAGUGACUAAGCCCCAGAAAGGGGUUGAUAGGAAAAGGAGACUAUCAGCAGGGGCAAAGGGAGUACGGGAUGCUGCUGCUGUUAUGGCUAUACUCAAAAUAAACCCUGGGCUAGAGCCAGCUGGAGGGAUGGAAGGGAGCUAGGGCCUAGCUUCCUUCUUCCCAGCCAGGCAUCUUCCCUUUUCCCCUAUCAAAA